UUUGACAAUUCCACCCAGCUCUAUAACUGUCAUCUUGUUGCUCCUUAUAGAACAUUUCUUUUUCGCUUUUCUUGUGGCUGUUUUUCCCCUGCUAGCACUCAGUAUGUCUGGGCGCGGGAAGCAAGGAGGCAAAGCUCGCGCCAAGGCUAAGACCCGGUCAUCGCGAGCCGGGCUCCAGUUCCCCGUGGGCCGAGUGCACCGCCUGCUCCGAAAGGGCAACUACUCCGAGCGGGUCGGUGCCGGGGCCCCCGUGUACCUGGCGGCGGUGCUGGAGUACCUGACGGCUGAGAUCCUGGAGCUGGCGGGCAACGCGGCCCGCGACAACAAGAAGACGCGUAUCAUCCCGCGCCACCUGCAGCUGGCCAUCCGUAACGACGAGGAGCUCAACAAGCUCCUGGGUCGCGUGACCAUCGCUCAGGGUGGCGUCCUGCCCAACAUCCAGGCUGUGCUGCUGCCUAAGAAGACCGAGAGCCACCACAAGGCCAAGGGCAAGUGAAACGUUUAGCAGUUCUUCAGUCCCCGUUCCGAAAAUCAAAGGCUCUUUUCAGAGCCACCCACUUUUCUCCCGGAAAGCGCUGAAAUACUUCGUAAGUGUAGGAGACGUGUUCAAGUCUUAAUGUGUAGUUCCGCUUAAAUUUUGUUUAUAUUAGCCUGUUAAAAGUUUUGCGUUUAAAAAUGGGAAACCGCUCCCAGGUUUGCCACAAAGGGGCUAAAUUGUUAGCCGGUGGUCACAUUUUAUGCACCAUAAAUUCUUAGAAAAAUUCAUGAAACUAGCUUUCUGCCAUCCCUUUAACUGAAAAGAUGCAAUACGUUUGUAAACUCACAUAAAGAACCCCUGUUAAGGGAAUUCUGUGUCAGGACAUAAAUUAGGGCUUUUGGGCUAUGGAUAACGUAUAUGUAUGUAAAUGACGAUACAGACCAUAAUGCCUCAUGUUGAGUGGUGGUUUUGCAUGUACAUGAGGUAUAUACAUUAUUACAUAUAAUGUAUAGUCAAAGGAACUUGGUGUCAAAAAGUAAAAUAUGAAUAAAAUAAAUGCGAGAACAAAGGAGGAAUAGCUGACCAAUGACAUGUCU